AUGGCGAUGGAGACUAUUUUGGGGAUCAAGGGGACCGACUUUGUGAUGCUAGCCUCGGAUACAAUGCAGGCCAAAUCCCUAGUCUUCAUGAAGGAUGAUCAGUCAAAAAUACACCGCCUCUCGGACUUCAACAUGAUGGCCAUGGUUGGCGAUGGUGGCGAUUCGAUACAGUUCACGGACUUCAUCUCGAAGAACAUGCACCUGUACAAGAUUGCCCACGGCUAUCACCUGAGUGCCAAGGCAGCGGCCCAUUUCACACGGAAGACGCUGGCGGAUUACAUCAGGACUAAUACCAGGUACCAGGUGGCCAUGCUGCUGGCAGGAUACGAUGCCACCGAAGGUCCUGACCUCCACUACAUCGAUACCUAUGGUGCAGCGCAGUCCAUCAAUCAUGCAGGUCAUGGAUGGGGCAGCAUGUUCUGCGGUAGCAUCCUGCAGAGGUUCUGGCACUCGAAUAUCAGCCAAGCGGAUGCCUAUUCCCUGAUGAGGAAGUGCGUCCUGGAGAUCCAGAGGCGCCUGAUCAUCAACCAGCGAAACUUCGAGGUCUACGUGGUGGACGGCAAGGGAAUGCGCAAGAUGGAGGCCAUCAAUCCGGGAUCCCUGAGCAAGGAGUCUAUCAGCCUAAGUUGGUAGAGCGGGGAACAUUUAAAACCUAGUUCGUACUUUACAUCCUCUAAUAUCUAAUAAUUGAGCCCAUGGUUUUUCGGCAAACUUUCGCUGCGAUGCUCGAACAAUUUCCCAGGGAUUAGUCGACGUGACCGGUUUGGAUUCGAGUGGUCGGGAGGAGGGUAAGUCGGGUUAGCCGGGUGGCUGCUACAUGCCAUGGUCGACUGCCUCCGUGUAUUAGCAUAUGUGGCCAGCGCUUGUUCUCCAUGGGAGCCAUCUGUCUGGAUGCGGGUGGCUCUGUGUUUGUUUGCGCAACAACGACAAAAGUUGCACUCGAGAAAAAAUGA